AUGGAUUGUCAGGCCCUCGCUAAAAGUUUGGAACAUAUGAACCACCUGCAGAAUGUGAAGUACCUAGAAUCCAAGGACCUAACCGAUUUUAAUCAAAAGAGCGCGUACUACAUUUGCCAACAGAUUGCAGAAAAGCAGAAGAGCAAUGAAGGGGGGCAUGUCGUGAUAGGUCUCUCUGGGGGGAAAACCCCGAUUGAUGUAUAUAAAAAUAUGGCGUUAGUUAAAGACAUCAAAAUAGACACGAGUAAAUUGAUAUUCUUUAUUAUUGAUGAAAGGUACAAAAGUUAUGAUCACAAGUUUAGUAAUUACAACAACAUAAAGUUCCUAUUUGAAAGCCUAAAAAUAAAUGAAAAGGAGCAGUUGUACAAGCCAGACACUUCAAUGAACAUUGUGGAUUGUGUAAGGGAUUACAAUGAAAAGAUAAAAAAUAUGGUAAAGAAGUAUAAUAAAGUGGAUAUCGCUAUAUUAGGAAUGGGAAGUGAUUUUCACAUAGCUAGUUUAUUUCCGAACAUAUUUUUUAAUAUUUAUAUGAACAAUUAUCAGAAUAGUUAUAUUUACAAUGAGUCUUCUAUCAAAACGGCAAACAAUAAGGACAGCCAUGAUAAUGAUAAUUUGGACUUACUGAAGGAAUAUGUGUACUUUACAACCACCAACAAUUUCGACGUGAGGAAAAGAAUUACCGUGUCGUUAAAUUUACUGGGAAAUGCAUCGAGCAAAAUAUUUUUACUAAAUUCUAAGGAAAAGUUGGACUUAUGGAAAAAUAUGUUGCUAAAAUCAUAUGUAGAUGCGAAUUAUUGUCUGUACCCCGCUGUGUACCUAAUCGAGAAAAUGAACACCACAGUGGUCACCUGCGGAUAUGCAAACUAUCCACAGAUGUUGGAAGAUAUUUAUAUCUCCCAUAAUUCUUUGUCGGUGCAUUCGUCUAGCUUAAAUAGGAGAGAAUUCCUUACGUUUAUAAUUUUUGGCUGUUCAGGAGAUUUAGCGAAGAAGAAAAUUUAUCCAGCCAUUUUUAAACUGUUCUGUAAUAAACAUUUACCAAAGGAUUUCUUAAUUGUCGGAUUUGCCAGAACAGUACAAAGUUUUGAUUCCUUCUUUGAUAGAAUUGUUGGAUACUUGAAGAGGUGUCUGCACAGUUAUGAAGAUUUGUCCCUUAGCCAGAAGAAGGACUUGCUAAAUUGCUUCAAAAAUAAAUGCAGGUAUUAUAUUGGGGAUUACUCAAGUUCCGAAAGUUUUGAAAAGUUUAACAAAUACUUGACGCAGUUGGAGAGGGAGGACCUGGUUGGCGUUUCGAAUACCAUUUGGGGGGAGGCUGCGUGGAAGGAAUCUUUUAUGAACACUGCGCAUAGUUUGGAACUCCACUCAGAUGAGCCCAAUUGUGAAAAAGGGGCUAGCAUAGCCACCCCUGUGGAGGUUCACGGAGAUCAAGGUGCACCGAGCAUACCCAUGCAGAGCAACCUCUCACAUACGGAUGACACAUUGGAUCAAGUGCAGUCCGGUACCAAGUGCCCAUUUGCUAUAAACAGAGUACUGUACCUAGCUUUGCCCCCCCACAUAUUUGUAAGUACCUUAAAGAAUUACAAAAAGAAUUGCCUGAACAAAAAUGGUACAGACAAAAUAUUAUUAGAGAAGCCAUUUGGAAAAGACUUACAAACAUUUAAAGUGUUGUCAAAACGUAUUCUGGAAAAUUUUAACGAAGAGCAUAUAUACAGAAUAGAUCACUACUUAGGUAAAGACAUGGUGUCAGGAUUAUUGAAGUUGAAAUUUACCAAUACUUUUCUGCUCUCCCUAAUGAAUAGGCAUUUCAUCAAGUGUAUAAAAAUUACCCUCAAGGAAACAAAAGGGGUGUACGGUAGGGGACAAUACUUCGAUCCCUAUGGAAUAAUCCGAGAUGUGAUGCAAAAUCAUAUGCUCCAAUUGUUAACCUUAAUAACUAUGGAAAAUCCAAUUGACUUAAAUGACGAAUCCGUAAAAAAUGAAAAAAUAAAAAUUUUGAAAUGCAUUCCAUCCAUCAAAUUGGAUGAAACGAUAAUUGGACAGUAUGUGAAAUCGGACAACUACCAAGAGGAGAAAAAUUCAUCCACCUCACCUUCUGAUGACCAACCUGUUGAUGAGUCCAAGAGGAACCAUAGCUACCAUGAUGAUCCCCACAUAGACUCCAACUCAAUUACGCCAACAUUCUGUACUUGCAUCUUAUACAUCAAUUCAAUAAAUUGGUAUGGAGUGCCCAUCAUAUUCAAAGCAGGAAAAGGGCUAAAUAAAGACAUCUGCGAAAUACGCAUACAAUUUCAUAAUAUCAUGGGAUCCUCCGACGAAAGCAUGUACAACAACGAAUUUGUGAUUAUCCUCCAGCCUGUUGAAGUUAUCUACUUAAAAAUGAUGAUAAAAAAAACUGGCUCUGAGGAGAUGGAAGAAGUUCAACUAAAUUUAACUCUUAAUGAUAAAAAUAAAAAAAAUUACGUUCCAGAAGCAUAUGAAACGUUGUUGUUGGAAUGCUUUAAAGGGUUUAAGAAAAAAUUUAUUUCUGAUGAGGAGCUGUAUGAAUCAUGGAGAAUUUUCACUCCUCUUCUGAAUGAACUGCAAGAAAAGCAGGUGCAGCCUUUGAAAUACCCCUUCGGCUCUUCAGGACCCAAGGAGGUGUACGACCUGGUUAAGAAGUAUUACAACUAUGGCAAGAACUACGCCAACACGCCUGCCUUCGUCCGCAAGUCCUCCUUUUACGAAGACGACUUGUUGGAUAUAAACUGA